CACGAUUUAUCAUGGGAUACAAAAUUCUGUGCUUUGGAAUCUUUUGUGUCCUCUUUGCUUAUUAUAUUUAUACACCCAUACCAGAAAACAUUGAAGAACGCUGGAAAGUGAGAAUGAUAGACGCUGUUGUGAAAACAACAUCACUUGUGGCCACAUUAUUUGAAGAAACAGGUCUCAUGAAGUAUGAAGACACAUUUUUAACUCUAUCAGUUCACCUAUCAAAACCAGUUUCAGAUGAAAACGUAACAGUGAUUGACACAGAUUUUAGUGAUGUACCUGUUCGUCUGUACUUGCCAGAAAAGAAGUCUGAAAUACUGAGACCAGCUAUCAUUUACUUGCAUGGUGGAGCUUUUGUCUUGGGAAGUUGCAAGAUGCAGUCCUAUGAUGACCUGAACCGAUGGACAGCAAACAAACUUGAUGCUGUUGUUGUGGGAAUAGACUACAGGCUUGCUCCUCAGUAUCCAUUCCCAGCUGCCCUUGAAGACUGUGUUCUUGUGGUCAAGUUCCUUCUCCAGGACAAAAUCCUUGAAAAGUAUGGAAUAGAUCCUGCUCGCAUUUGUAUUUCUGGAGACAGUGCUGGGGCUACGUUGGCAGCAGCAGCAACUCAAUUGCUCCAGAAUCAUCCAGAGUACAAAGAUAAAAUUAAAGCACAAGCCUUGAUAUACCCUGGACUACAGUUUAUUGAUAUAGCGAUGCCAUCCCAUCAAGACAAUGAACAGGGUCCAAUAAUGUCAAUGGAGAUGGGAGUUAAAUUUUUAACCCUGUACUUGAAUGGAAACUCAUCCCUGAAAAAAGCUAUGCUGAGAAAUGAGCACAUGCCCGAAGGAUCAAGACACCUGUUCAAGUUUGUUAACUGGAGUGACUUUCUUCCUGACAAGUAUAAAAAGAACCAUAUUUACACGGAACCAGUUCUUGGAAAACUAAAGGCUUCCUAUCCAGCACUCUUGGAUAGCAGGCUGUCCCCUUUGCUAGCCAGUGACUCCCAGUUACAGAGUUUGCCACUGACCUACAUCCUCACUUGUGAACAUGACAUUGUAAGAGAUGAUGGAUUUAUUUAUGUUGCACGGCUUAGAAAUGUUGGAGUUCAAGUUACUCAUGACCACAUUGAAGAUGGAGUUCAUGGAGCCAUAACACUCACCACACUACCAUAUAAUUUACAAUUAGCAUUAAGAAUAAGAGAUAAGUAUAUUAAUUGGUUAGAAAAAAAUUUAUAAAUCAAGUGUGCAUGUAGGUAGGUAGUCAUUAGUAAUUUAAGCUAAAGUUUAGUCAACAUGAUUAUUCCUUGAGUUUUAGAUAAACUGAAAUUUAGUUUAGUGCAAAAAUCAUUGUGGUUUCUGAUCUGAUAUAGUAGGACCCUGAAGGGAGAGGAGCCCCACAAGGACACCAACAAAACAUAAAAGGCUGGGUCUGGGGACCACUACAGAGACUGAUGUAUCAACUAAAGAUUAUGCAUAGGGAUGAACUAGACUCCUUGCUCAACUGUAGCCCAAAGACAAUUCAGUCUCCAAGUGGGUACCCCGAUAAAGGGAAGAAGAGUCAUGAACUGUGUUUCAUGUUCCUUGAGGGCUUCUCCCUGGUGGGAUGACCUAGCCAGCCCACAGAAGGAAGAUCCAGGUAGCCCUGAUGGGACUUCAUAGGCGAGGGCCAGACAUUAGGUGAGGAGGAGAAAUUCCCUGAUCUGUGGAC